AUGACGCCGCUUGUUUUCCUUAUCACAUCUCUCCUCUCCCUCAUCACACACACCACUGCCCAGAGCCUCAAUAUAUCCGCUCUAGCAGCCCAAAAUGGCACGUCUAUACUCGAAUGCUGGAGCCUCGCAUCCCCCACCUCCGGCAGAGGUGCCCAAAACUACCCUCUCGGUGACUUCAGCAAUGCCUUUAUCGGUGCAAUUCCUCCACACACCUACAUUGGUCAAGCAUGGGCGCCUGCAGUUCAAUACUCAAUGGUCUUGCAAGGCCUAGUCCACCUCUCUCUUCCCACCAGCAAAGAAGACAUUUACAUCCAACCCGGUCCUCUGAGUAUCAUUCUUGUUAUCGAUCAGAGGAACGUCUUCAUCUCUGGUCACAUUACUGAUUUCCCUGGCUCGGAGACGACGUUGAUUGCUCGGUUUCCGGUUGCUGGGAACCAGGUGCCUGUGCAUACUGUGUUGCACAGUGGGCCUUGUGAUGUUGAUGAUGUGAGAGGUUUGAUCGGUUGA